GGGAUACUUUUUUGUUGAUGUUAUUUUGAUCCAACCGGGUCAUUCGAAUUUGGUUGAGUGAGCAAAAUUCGUUCGAAUUUCGAAUAUCAGUGAAAAACAUUCGAAAUAAUGACAUUGUUUCAUUUACGGGAAUUUUGGUCAACAAAUCUUGGUGAUGAUGAAGAAUUUGAUAAAUUAUCAAUUUGUGUGGCGAAUAUUGAUAAUGAACCGGAUGGAUUUGACAAAAUAAUCGUCGGAAGUUUCAACGGUAUUGUUCGUAUAUUCAAAAUAAUAUUGAAUAAUAAUAAUAAUGAUCAGAUUAAAACGAAUGAACAAAAUCUAUUUCAAAUAUCUGAUCAAUUAUUGGAAGUUGAUUUCAAAAAUCCAAUAUUACAAAUUGCAUCUGGAUAUCUGUUGAAUUCGGCAAAUGUACAGUUGGCUAUAUUACAUCCGAAUAAAUUAUGUGUUUAUUCAAUUUCGUCAACAUCUGGCGUAACAGAUCAUGGAACAUCAUACAACAUUCUACUUAUCUAUGAAUUGGAAUUUAGCCAUAAAGCCGUCAAUAUGUUGAUUGGACCAUUAGGACAAACAACUAAAGGCAAAGAUAUUAUCUGUAUACAAAAUAUAGAAUCUACAUUUGAAUUUUAUGAAAAUGAAACAUUUUCAUUUGGUUAUAAUUGGAAUCAUCGUCAAACCAACAACAACAAUGGAUUGUUGAAGAAAUUUCCAAUAGAUUUUACCUAUAUUCCUAAUCGUGAUUUUAUUAUUAUUGUUGAUGAUUUAUAUACAAUUCAAUGUUAUCAAUAUCGUGAAUUGGCUAUGAAUUCUACAACAGCAAACAAUUCAUUCAAUAAUAAUAAUGAUGGACAAGGAAAAAUUUCCGUUCCAGAAUGGUCAUAUGAAUUUGGUGAACCAAUCAUUGAUUUGCAAACAGUACAAUUAGAUCGAUGGUAUAUCGGGAUAUUGGGUGAAAAAAAUCUUUGUGUUCUUCGUGAUAAUGGAACAUUAUUUUUUGUGAAAAAAUUUGAUUCAAAUCCAAGUUGUUUUUGUAUAUUUGGUAAUGAUAAAAAAGAUUCGAUAAUCAUAUUGAUUGGAACACAUAUGAACAAUAUGUUAUUGUAUCAGAAUGAUAUACUAAGAUGGGCAACAAAAAUUCCAUUCAUACCGAUUGCUAUUCGCCGGGCGAACCUCAACGAUAUUACCGGCAGUAUUGUUUUGCUAUCCGAUCAAGGACAAUUAACUUUUGGAUAUUUGGGAACGAAUCCAUCUCUGCGUAUAAUAGCAUUACCAUUAUUACAAACUAAUACCGGUAAUAAUGAAAAAAUUGAAGAAGAAUUAAUGGAAUUGAAAAAAAUGAUUAAUUUUGAACAUAUGAAUAGUAAUCAAAAUCAAAAUCAAAUUGAAAAUGAACGUGAAAAUCGAUUGACCGAUGGCCCGAUCGAUAUUAAUCUAAUUGAAUGUCAAAAAAAUCAACAAUCCGAGCGAUUAAUGAUAAUGAUUAUUGAAUUGAUACCAUCGAAAACCAUCCAUAAUAUAAAAUUAUUGUUACAUCAAAAUGAUUUCUACAUUAUUGAACCGGAAGAAAUUUUAAUCGAUAAAUUGGAUCAACGACAACAAUUUCAAUUGCGAAUUCAAUUCAAACAUGAAAAUCUUUUAUCAUUAUCAACCAAAAUUAAAUAUUCAAUAAUGUAUACAAUGGAUAAUGUUUCAAGAAUUAUAACGAAAAAUUUAUUUAUUCCAUUUGAAUGUUUAGUAAAAUUAAUAUCAUCAUCAUCAACAUCAGCAUCAACAACAACGAUGAAUGGUGGUCGAAAAUAUUCGAUAAAAAUUAUGUUUACAAAAUCAUUAUCAUCAACAACGGAUAGUAAAUCUACACAGUUAUUAUCAAAUCUUUUCGGUGAUCUUUUUCAAACAAAUCAUUCAAAUAAUUUUUCAUUUUGUUUUGAAAAUUAUGAACAAAUUCAUUCGACAAUCAAAAUACAAUGGUCAGAAUCGAAUGUAACAAUUAUUGUUGAAAGUAAUGAUCUUGGUGGUCUUUAUAUAACGUUGCAACAAUUAUUUUGGCGUAUUUUGACGAAUAAAUCACCAGAAACCAAAAAAAUUGAAUCAAUUCAAAUGAAUUUCAAUCUAAUCGAUCAACUGCAAUUGGCCAUUAGUAAUCGUAUAAACAGGAAAAAUCAAAUGAAAAAAAUUAAAGAUGAAAUUUCAAAAUUUUCACAACAUUAUCGUGUACUACAAAAACGUAUAUUAGUCAAAUCAAAAGAUAAAACACCAGCUUCAUUGGAUAAUUUUUCUAAAUUAUUAACAUUGAUACAGAAAAAAAUAACCAAAAACAUUGAUAAUAUUAUUCAUUUGGAAAAAUUAAUCAACAUUUGUAAUUAUCAUGUUUGGACAAUACUAAAUAUUUGGCGAUUAAUAUUAGAACAAGGACGAAAAUCAAAUUCAACCGAUUCACUGGAAAAAUUUUCCAAAUUAAUACAAAUUUAUCAAUUAUCAAAUUUUAAUAAUGAUUGGGAAGAAUUAUUUCUGCAAAGUAUAUUGGAAAUAUUUCAAAUGAACAAAGAUUUAGUUAAAAUGAUACAGAUGAUUGAACCAAAACAACAACAACAACAGCAACAAAAACAAAAACAACAACAAAAUGAACAGAAAAUUUUACUAAAUAGAAUGAGCCGCUUCAAUCAAAUAUUGAAAGAAAAGAAGAAGAAUUAUUGA